AUGAAUUCACUAAACCCCGAGAGGGAAAAAGUACUUCAGAAACGCUCAAAAAGAGAAACUACAAAUGGUCGGUAUCCCAUAGUCAGCGCCGGCAUCAGAUCCGUGCUGGCUUCACUCGUCGGCCCUUUCCGUAGCUCUGAGCUAUCUUCAGAGCCAAAACCUACCGUAAAAGCCAAGCGCCACCGCGAUAUCAGUGCAGAACCGACUCGACUCAGCAUCACGGGAGGCCAGCCUGACGCCGCGACUGACGUCAGAGGGACGUCAAAGGGGCCUGUAAUCUCUACGACAACUAUAACCAGGCCCGCCAUGGGCUCUGUCAUGUCAGCUCUCGACGAAGAAGUUAGACAGUACGAGACACGAAAGGACCAGACGUCAUCCUGA